AUGGAGACCCAUGUCAGGAGAGGGGCUGAUGAGAGUAUAAACGAUCGCAACGACAGGGCUGUACGGGCAGCUGCAAAGUGGUACACAGAGCACCUCCAGGAAUUGGCAAGAAAAAGCCAGAAGGAGCUAAAUAUCCCUGCUAUUGUCGUUCUUACCGAUGAUAAGGAGAACGCCCGAAAAUCGGAUAAGGAGGGUGUGAUUGCUCUAUCACUGACCGACUAUAUUUCCGGACUCGAAGAUGCAGAUAGACUCCUGGACAUGGUUAAUGAAUCAAAAUUAGCCCAUGAUGCAAAACCGAAGAAAGGAGAGAUGCUGUAUUCCGAGUACUAUUCGAUGUCCAAGAUGAUGACCCAAAUUAGAGCUGGUACUCUACACCAAGGGAUAUUCAACGUGUCUCCUUAUAACUACCUGGAAGGAAGCGUCAAUGUUCCUGCCUUUGAUAAAUCGCUUCUCAUUCUAGGACGGGAUAAUAGCAACAGAGCAAUUGCUGGAGAUAUCGUGGUAGUCGAAGUUCUACCCAAAGAUCAGUGGAAAACUCCAUCAUCCAAGAUCAUUGAUGAAGAAGCUUUAACCAAGGAUGACAACCCAGAGUCAGAAGAGAACGAAGCCGUGGUGACGGAGCGCGAAAGGAAAGCUCUUCAGGACGAGGUCCGCCAAGCUCAUGGAACUGGUACCGAAGGCCGCCCUCAACCAACUGCGAAGGUAGUUGGCAUAAUUAAGAGGAACUGGCGUCAGUAUGUUGGACAUAUCGAUGGCUCGUCUAGCUCUCAAGCUUCAUCGGCUGGACGGCGUCAACAAACUGUUUUCGUCAUCCCCAUGGAUAAACGAGUGCCGAAAAUAAGAAUACGCACUCGACAGGCGAAUGAGCUCAUGGGCCAAAGGAUAUUAAUCACGAUAGACGCCUGGGACAGAGAUUCUCGGUACCCCAUGGGCCAUUUUGUGCGCUCCCUAGGUGAGGUGGAGACGAAAGGUGCUGAGACAGAGGCUCUUUUGUUGGAAUACGAUGUACAAUAUAAACCAUUCCCCAAGACAGUCUUGGAUUGUCUGCCCUCGGAGGGCCACGACUGGAAGGUCCCGCAAGAUAUGUCUGAUCCAGGGUGGAAAGACAGGAAAGAUUUGAGGAAUCUUCUCGUGUGCAGUAUCGAUCCGCCUGGCUGUCAAGAUAUUGAUGACGCCCUUCAUUCCCGGCCACUGCCAAACGGCAAUAUUGAAGUCGGCGUCCACAUUGCAGACGUCUCUAACUUCGUACGACCCAAUAAUGCAAUGGACACUGAGGCUAGUAUGCGAGGCACAACGGUCUAUUUGGUUGACAAGCGCAUAGACAUGCUUCCAAUGCUCCUUGGAACUGAUCUCUGCUCUCUAAAGCCUCAUGUCGAACGCUAUGCAUUCUCCGUCCUCUGGGAGGUAACCCCUGACGCCGAGAUCGUAUCUGCAAAUUUUACGAAAUCCGUCAUCUUUUCUCGUGAAGCAUUUAGUUAUGAGCAGGCACAAUUACGCAUCGAUGACAAGUCGAAAACAGACGACUUAACUACAAGCAUGCGCACCUUGCUUAAACUAUCGAAACUCCUUCGCCAGAAAAGGAUGGACGCAGGAGCCUUAAAUCUUGCCUCACCGGAGGUUCGCAUUGAAACGGACUCAGAGCUUUCCGAUCCAGUCGCGGACGUUAAGACGAAAGCUCUUCUAGAUACGAAUAGCCUUGUUGAAGAAUUCAUGCUUCUCGCCAAUAUCUCGGUUGCUGCCAGAAUCUAUGAAUCGUUCCCUCAAACUGCCCUACUCCGAAGACACGCCACACCACCCCCUUCUAACUUUGAAGAGCUCAUCACUCAGCUCUCGAAAAAGCGCGACCUCUCUCUUGACGUGUCUAGCUCUCUAGCCUUGGCUAAUUCCCUGGAUAAGUGUAUUGACGAGAGAAACCCGUUUUUCAACACACUCAUCCGUAUCAUGGCAACACGCUGUAUGACGUCUGCUGAAUACUUUUGUGCCGGAGCACAUUCAGAAUCUGAGUUCCGGCAUUAUGGGCUUGCCUCGCCAAUCUAUACUCAUUUCACCUCUCCCAUCCGACGAUAUGCUGACUUGGUCGCCCAUCGACAAUUGGCUGCUGCAAUUGGGUAUGAAGGACCCGGAGCUUCUGCUGGGGAGGGUCUUGCUACUCGCAGCAAACUGGAGGAUAUCUGCAAGAACAUCAACCACAGACACCGAAACGCCCAAUUCGCUGGCAGGGCUAGUAUAGAAUAUUAUGUUGGCCAAGCAUUGAAGGCCCGAGGUGAACAAGAAGCUAAACGUCUCGGCUCCGAUGUCGCCCCUGGUGUUGAUGAAGAAGGAUACGUCAUGCGUGUAUUUGAUAACGGUGUCGUCGUUUUUAUUCCACGUUUUGGUAUUGAAGGAGUUGUCAGGCUAGAGGAUUUUGUUCUGGAUGGCCAACAAGGACCUGGAAAAGCUCUUGAUCAGAAGGCUAGCAAGCAGGUGGCGGCAAGGAGAGAGAGUGAAUUCGACAACGAACAAUAUUCGCUGAAAGUAUGGGAGAAAGAGGGAGACGAUGGUGGUGACGGUGCAAAAUCAAAGCCUGGGGUGAAAAGCAUGGUUGUCGAAUUGUUCGAUAAGGUCAAGGUAAACGUCAGCUCUGUAAAGGAAGAAAAGGGGCGAGGCGCAGGCAAAAGAAGGGUCAGGGUUUUGAUUCUAGAGAAAGCAUGA